AUGGCAUGUGACCGCAUGCCAGAGUUUCUCUCCCUCUGUGGAAAACACAAGCACCACAGAUCUGCAAAGCCCAAUGCAGAAAGUAACAGUAAUAGUAAUAGCAGUAGUAUGAAUCUUCCUAUUAAUGAUGAAACUAAAUACAUCUUCUCCACCCUUAAUGAUAUACGGCAACUAAUGACAACACUUACACUACUACACAAGACCCGUCUGUUGGAUAGUAGUAACGAAAAGCGGGAAGUUGUACAUAAUACCAUGGAAGAAAUACGUCUGAUGUGCCACUCCUGUCGUGAGAUGAUUAUUAAUUAUGAUCACCAUACACAAGAAAAAGAAGAGGAACUUGCAAAAGGCAUUCCAUCCAUGAAUACGGCGGAGAUUCGUAUGCGGUAUAAUAUUGCCGCAUUUAUGGAAUAUCAACUCAUGGCAGAAGUACGUAGUGUGUGGAUGGAACAGAAAAAACAUGAAGAGAAAUUAAUUGAAGCGACAGCCAGACGUAUUAAGGCACGUUUUCUCUUAACGCAGAGUAGUAAGAGCAGUGAUAAUAAUAAUAAUAAUAAUAGGGCUACGGAUGACUCUUUUGUAUUGGAAGAAUCGGAGCUAAGAGAAAUUGCACAACAGAUAUUAGCGACUGGAAAUGAGGGUCGUUUGUUUUUUUUGGCCCGUGAUGAGUUGGAGCGGGUGAUGCGAACACGAGAUGCGGUGUUGGAACUGGAGCGGGAAAUGCAGGAUCUCCUUAACUUAUUUAGUGAUCUUUUCUUUCUCGUGAAUGAACAACACGAUCGAUUACUGAAGGUUCAAGAGAAUGUUCAAAAAUCUAAUGAGAACUUAGAGCGAGGAAUGCGGCAACUCACAGAGGCAAAACAUCAUGAGAAAAGUUGUUGUAAUGUGAUCUAA